AGCGGGAUUCCUGGGAAGAAGUGUGGUACCAUCAUCUUCACAGCCGAGGAGCUCAGUAACUGCAGAGACAUAGCCACUAUGCAGUUUUGUGCAAACAAGUUGGAUAAAAAGGAUUUCUUUGGCAAGUCUGAUCCUUUCCUUGUCUUCUACCGGAGCAACGAGGAUGGCACGUUUACGAUCUGCCAUAAGACUGAGGUGAUCAAGAACAACCUGAACCCUGUCUGGCAGUCAUUUACUAUCCCUGUUCGAGCACUUUGUAAUGGAGACUAUGACAGGACAGUAAAGGUGGACGUUUACGAUUGGGAUAGGGAUGGGAGUCAUGACUUUAUUGGAGAGUUCACCACCAGCUACAGAGAACUCUCCAGAGGCCAAAGCCAGUUCAACGUCUAUGAGGUUUUGAAUCCCAAAAAGAAAGGCAAGAAGAAGAAAUACGUCAAUUCAGGGACGGUGACGCUGCUGUCUUUCAAAGUGGAGUCAGAACACACGUUUGUCGACUUCAUCAGAGGAGGGACACAACUCAACUUCACUGUGGCCAUAGACUUCACAGCAUCCAAUGGUAACCCGUCCCAGCCCACAUCUUUGCACUAUAUGAGUCCAUACCAGAUGAAUGCAUAUGCCAUGGCCCUGAAGGCUGUGGGGGAAAUUAUCCAGGACUAUGACAGUGACAAACUCUUCCCUGCAUACGGCUUUGGAGCUAAACUUCCCCCAGAUGGCAAGAUCUCCCACGCCUUUCCACUGAACUUUAACACAGAGAACCCAAACUGUGUUGGGAUUGAAGGUGUACUAGAGGCGUACUUUCAGAGCCUGCGAACUGUUCAGCUGUAUGGCCCAACCAACUUUGCUCCUGUCAUCAACCAAGUGGCUCGGUGUGCUGCAGAAGUGACUGAUGGCUCACAGUACUUUGUGCUGCUGAUGAUCACAGAUGGUGUCAUCUCGGACAUGGCUCAGACCAAAGAGGCAGUGGUCAAUGCAGCCUCCCUGCCAAUGUCUAUCAUCAUAGUAGGAGUGGGCCCUGCUGAGUUUGAUGAAAACUACUGA